UCUCUUUUCCUAAAAAAAAGCUUCUAUUCUUCUCUUUUGUGGUUGUGGUGGUGAUGGAUCGUUCAUGUGGUCCGUUCUCUAAGCAUGAUGCUAAUGGCAAGCUUCGCUUCGACGACGACAAAGAGGAUCUAUCAGAUCUAGUUCGCAACAAAGUUGAGUUUCGUCCGAAGUUUCAAAGGAAGCAGGAAGAAUAUGAGUAUGAGAGUUGGGGCUCACCGCCGACUUCGUACAAGGAGGAGGAGCGCCGCCUUGCAACGACGACUCCUUCUCAACCUCAUCAGACUAGAUCUGAUGAUGCCCUAGAUCCAUGGCUUAAAGCGCGUGACGACGGGUUCUCUAUCUUGAACGACAACCCUAGAUCUGAAUCUAGAUCCGUGAAGUACAUCAACUCCUCAAAAAACAAUGCCCAUGGUGACCAGUGCAAGGAUGGCAGCUCCGGUCGUGGGAUUGUUCCCCGUCCUCCGCCGGCAAAAGGCUGGUCUACGAGCGGCGUCCCCUCGGAGCGGAGCGGCGCCGGCUCCGAGGUGGGUGCUGAGGAGAGCGACGGCGGCGCCUGGGAUGGCGUCGCCCCGGGGACGAGCGGUGCCGGCGACGAGGUUGGCGCUGUUCCGGAGGCGAACAUCCUCAGCGUCCCCGUCGAUGCGUGGACAUGCCACCAGGGUGUAUCAGGAUAUAGAAGUCUGAACCCUUCUUGUAAGCUGGAGGUUCUGAAUUGUCUGUGUGAUGAGGCAUUGUCUUCUGAAAAGUUGAGGACCUGCAUUGACAAUAAAGAUAGAAAAUGUGUGGCCACACAAGAAAUCAAAGCUGCAACCAGAAAGCAAAAGGAGCUAAAAAGAAGAUACGAUGACAUGACUAAAACCAUCGAAGGAGGAGAUACUGCUAACAAUGAGGAAGCUAAUGAUAUCCUUUAUCAAAUAAAGGAAGCAGAAGAAAUCAAGAAGGCAGCCCGGAAUGAAUUAGAGAUGCUGAAACGUGUUCAUAGGACCACUCCUGUUAUGGAAGACAAAGGAGUAAAAUACUGGAAGCUGGCUGACUAUUGUAAUUACAAUAUAAGCAUAAUGCGUCAAGAAUUCGAUGAAGAAAAUAGAACGAAGAACAAAGACAUGUGGUUCAUGUUCACUGAAGACGAACAUAAAGUAGUUGAAGAUCAUGUAACUACAAGUCAGCUGUCAAAAGGCUUUCCUUGGCAAUACAUUUCACAUGUUCAUGAAAAAGCAGUAGCUAGCCAGCAUUCACCAUCACCAGUAUUUCAUCUGCGGAUGCUUCAAUGAAGUUUCAUUGGUGAUAUGGUUAUUUUUUAGGAAGGUUACCGAUUUACUUUGAAAGGUUCUCCAAAUAAGCUUAGGUGAACUUUUUUUACUACUUGUGGUUUUCUGGAUGCUUGAAUAAUGUAGUCUGGACUCUGGAGUUCCUAAACAGAUAGUUGAUGCCUUAAUUUCAUGGAGUUUUGGUCCACUGUUUCUUUUUGGAAACCAAUAGUCCGAGUCUUAGUUUCUUCACAUCUGGUCUCGAGAUAAAUUUUUAUUUUUAUACUAUUAUAACCAAUAUAUAUGUUCUGUAAAGCCAUGCUCAGUUGCUCACC